AUGAUCGUGUUCUAUCUGCUCCUCGCAGUUUUUAGUGUCGGAGUAGGUAGCAUCCUUGGCUCUGACGACUUCCUUGUAGCCUUUGGUGCUGGUUACGGUUUUGCUCGGGAUGGCUGGUUCAGCAAGAAGAUCAAGGACGCCCAUCUCCCAGAUGUUACUGACCUGCUGCUCAAUUCUGCCAUGUUCAUCUAUCUCGGUACAAUCAUGCCUUGGGAAGCAUUUAGCGCUCGCGACAUUACUCCUUAUGUCACUCCAUGGAGACUUUUGGGUUUCGCCGCUCUGGUCUUGUGCUUCCGCCGCAUUCCCAUCAUGCUUGCAAGCUACAAGAUCAACCCUGACAUCCGCACCUUUCGUGAAGCACUCUUCUGUGGACACUUUGGACCCAUGGGUUUGGGUGCGAUCUUUUGGCCAUUGAAGCUCGUGCAACUCUCGAGACCGGCACCAGCGAACCGUUGCCUCACCCUCCAAAGUUCUCGCCACCUUACUCGAACCGCGAGAAGGCAGUCGAAAUGCUCUGGCCUGUGA